AAACUGAUUAAUUUCUUUCCCCCAAAUCUCAUUAUUGUCUUCUCUCUCUGUCUAGGUUUCGAUUAGGGGAUUAGGGUUUCUAAUCUCUCUCUCUCAAUUGGAUUCUUGAACUCAGAGUCGUUCUUCAUCUCCCUCCCCAUCGACAACCAUGACUGAGUAUUGGGUAAGCCAAGGGAAGAAGUGGUGCGAGUUCUGUAAGAUAUGGACUCAGAACAACGCGACAAGUAUUAGAAACCAUGAGCUUGGUAAACACCACCGUGAAUGUGUCGAGAAGAAGCUCACUGAUAUGCGUGAGAAGAGCGCUGCUAAAGACAAAGAGCUCAAGAAAAACGAGAAACUCCUUCAACAGAUCGAAGCUAAAGCAACUCGUAGCUAUCAGAAAGACGUAGCAACUGCUCAUGAAGUUGCCAAAGCGAACGGUGCACCCGAGGAUGGUACACACGAUUGGGUUCUUGACGCUGCUUCGGGCUAUUAUUACAACCAGAUCAAUGGUCUCCACUAUGAUUCAAAGUCUGUAUUCUAUUACAAUGACUCGAUAGGACGUUGGGUGACACAAGACGAGGCUUACGCUACGGUUAAAACUUCAUCAGAUAAAGACACUAAAAUGCCUCUCGUUAAAAAGCCCGUGCCUUCUUCGGAAGCUGGACCAAGUACCGCGAAGCCACCUGGGAGGGUUGUCUCGGCUACUUUCAACCCGAAAAGAAAUGUGAAAGGAGCUGCCUCAUCUGUUGAGAUUGGCAACAACAAGAGAAAGAGAAUAGAUGAGAAACCCAAGAAAGUAUCUGCAGAAGAGAAAGCUGCGUUGAGGGCGAGAGAAGCUGCUAGGAAACGAGUUGAAGACAGAGAAAAAUCAUUGCUUGGCCUUUACAACAGACCCUUUUGAUUUAGAAACCAUUGAUCGAUGCUCUGUAAACAGAGGACAGCAAUGCUCCAGUUUAUUCGGUUAUUCCUUCAAAACGUUUAAUCCAAAACUCCGGUAUUUUUGGGGAAGAUUAGUCUUCUUGUUCCAAAUUCAUCAUUUCAUCUUUGUUGUGCAUUUCAUUUUGUGGGGUCAGAGAGAGUUUCAACUUUGAAUACGGCUUGUGCCUUUAAGAAAAAAAUGUAUCAAAUUUAAUAAAAUCAAACAAAUGUUUUCAAGAGCA